GUCAAAUUUUUUUUAAGCAAAGAUAGUGUAUUUCAUUAUUCUCCAAAAAGUGUAUAUGAAGGGAAAACACAAAGCAUUGUAGACCCCUUAACUGCUUUUGGAAAUAGCUAAAUGAUAUCUUUAUUACAAUUGAGAUAAUUCAAAUGAAUGCUUAUGGAAGAAGAGUAUCUAGUCCUACACAGGCCUUCUACAUCAUCUUGUUCCCUAGUGGAUUGUUAACUGAAUUAACCAUCAGGCUAAACUCGAAAAGGCGCAGACUUGAAGAUCCAGCUGAACUUGCGAGCUCAAGCACGAACCCUUGUAACAAAAAUGAGGUACAAAGUCCAACAACUCCAGAUCCAAUGGUUGAAAGCAUUUAUAAACAAAUCAGAAAUUUUAAGCCAAACAACACAGGAAAUAGCAUUGUACUGCAUCAACGGGAACCUGCGAAAACAGCCGGCGCCUGGUGGACGUCGUUGAGCUUCUUCACGAGCUCAGCACAUAGGCUCCUCGAGCCCUUUGUAUGUUCAUUGAGUUUGAAACAUGAGAUGAAUUAAAUCAAGUAACAUAAACAAACACAAGAUCAACUACUAUUGACAGGAAGAUUACACACAAUGUAGUAUUGCAGUAAAAAGCGAUUAUCAUCAAAUUUACAUUUAACAUGCUUCCUUACCCUGAGAGAUUUCAUUAUUCACAACAACAUAAAUAUAAAAGGAUAGAUUGUAAGAGA